AUGUAACAAAACAAAACUCAAAGGAGAGGCAAACCAAGUUAAUUGUAAGUGAUUUAAACAAACCUUGAUAUCUGGCUCAAUAAUGAGGGAUGCAAAGAAUUAUAUUUAUUACUCUAAGAAGGAACGCAUUCCUUCUCUUAUUGUUCACGCAAAGGUGAAUCAUUGAGUCUAGAGGAGGAAAAGAAGAAGAGUCGCGUUUUGGCAGCAUCAAGGUUACUUGGAAUAAAUGUCCAUCCAGAUAAAGCUAUUGUGUUAUUUUUUAAAACCGAGCAAUAAUUAGCAGAUCAAUACAAUCACUAAUUAAUAGCUCAGCUUUUGGAACAAUUGAAAGAGGUGAGAGCUGAAAAAUUAAUCUAAUUGAGCUACAUGCUUGAUGAGAAGUUUAUUUCGGAAUUAAUAACAAUUAUUGAUUAUAGGAACAGCGAAGAACUUUUACCUAUGUACCUAUUAAAUAAGAUCCACUUAAGUCCUGAUAAGUCGGAUUAGAUAGUUAAAAAUGCUUAUUUACAGCAUGUUAAAGAGAAUGAGAAUCCUUUAACGUUUGAAGAAUUUCUUAGGUCCUAAGAGGCAUAUUUCAGUAUAGCAGAAUUUGCCCAUAGGAUUAACGAAACAAUCUAUUUAUACAGCUAAUGA